ACGUGUCGAGAUUAUAAGGCGGCAAGGUGCUUCACGAGCUGGCAUCGAAGCGAGGCCGAGCUCGCGAUAAGCCGAGCCGAUGCUCCGUCAUUGAAGCAGCGGAGAGGAGCAGAGAUCGAGGACGAGAGACGAAGAGCAGCUCUUUGGAGGAAUCCGAGGUCUCUCUUCCAAUCCCUUCUUCCCCUCUCCCUCUUUCCAUCUCGGAUCCAAUCCCAAUACUCGCUGUUCUCUGUCUCUGAAUCGAUGCCUCGAUCUCUGGCGACUCUCGCUCUUACUCUCGAUUUUCCGGUGUUUUCCUAGAUCUAGGGUUUUGUAUGGUGUUUUAGUGUUAGGGUUUGUGGAUCGAUCUAGCGAUACUCCGUUGAUAGCUUGAAUGGCGACAAUGGCGGCUGCGUUUACUGGUCCAAUCACCGCUUUGCAGAUUGGGACUACUUUUGCGGGGCAGUACUAUCAUUUUCUUCAGCAACAGCCCUUUUUGGUCCAUCAAUUCUACACUGAUGCGAGCACCGUGGUGCGCAUCGACGGGGCCACGGGGGAGACUGCCAUCGGUGUGAUGCAAAUUCAUUCUCUUGUGAUGUCUCUGCAAUUAAGUGGAAUUGAGAUCAAAAGUACUCAUUCUCUGGACUCAUGGGCUGGAGGUGUCCUUGUGAUGGUUUCAGGAUCUGUUUUAACCAAGGACUACAAUGCGCGAAGAAAAUUCGUGCAGACCUUUUUCCUUGCACCUCAAGAGAAAGGAUAUUUUGUUCUUAAUGACAUCUUUGAGUUUAUUCAUGACGAGCAGAUUCUACAGCACCCAACAACACUGGCCCAUGACCAUUUUGUUGCCAACUUGGAUGCUGCGAAGCCUAUAGCUGAACCAGUUAGUGAUUAUAUGAUGAGAGGAGAGGUACAGGCACAUGAUUUUGACACUCCAGUUCAAGUAGAAGAAAAUGCAACAGUGGACAAGUACAGUAUCUCUGAACCUCAAAAGCAGGUUUCUGAGUGCUUAGAUAGAGUAGGAGAAACUGCUGCCGAAGAUUUAGUUGUUUCAUCUCCUAUUGUAAUGAACACCACACGAGAUCCAACUCCAGCGUCAGCAACGGAACCUGUGGAUGGACCUCCAAGGCAAACUUAUGCAUCCAUCGUGAGAGUUGCAAAGAGUCCGUUGGGGAAUUCUGUAAGUCAGCCGGCUUCUUUAAACAAGGCAACUUCUGUAGCUUCUGGCUGGCAUCAAACAUCACCUUCGAGUAGCCAACUUUCUCACCCAAUUGUGCCUAUGGGCUAUCAAAAGUCUAACUUGGAAGCAGUGGAAGAUGACCCUGGUUUAGAAGAUGAAGGUGAUGCUAAAUCCUUGUAUGUGGGAAACUUACCGCCUUCCGUUUCUGUAUUGGACCUCGAGCGUGAGUUCAUGAACUUCGGCAAGGUUAAGCAUAAUGGUAUUGCUGUCAGGAACCGGAAGGAUUCUACUGGAUAUUAUGCAUUUGUCGAAUUUGAAGAUGCCUUGGGUGUUCAGAAUGCACUUAAGGCAUCUCCUAUCCAAAUAAAUGGGCAGAAGGUGCACUUUGAGGAAAGGAAAUCAAGCAGCAAUGCAUCACGAGCAGGAAGAAGAGGCAGAGGACGAGGCGGUUACCAGUCAGAGGGCCCAAGGGGGCGCUUCAAUGGCCGUGGCUUCAACAGAGCAAGCCCACAUGAAAAUGGUAGAGAAUACAACAAUCGAUCAAGGGGAAAUGGAUUCUAUUCACGAUUCCCCCAACAAGAAAGAGGCAUAUUGGGAAUUCAUCAUGUCAAAACUAGUCAUAGUCAAGUGGCAGACUCAUAGUUUUCAUAUACCAGAAGCUCUAUCUUGAUCCCCUUCAAAUUCCGCGGCCAUAAUUUAUUCUUCAAUUCAAACUGCGUCCCCAAAAGUUCUUUGGCCAGUAUUCCAGUGGUAGGCCAUUUCAAUUAGCCUCUAAGAGGCAACAUUUUUCCAUCAUUGGCUUUCUCUUUAUAUCCACUUUGUUGUUGUUAGCUUGUUAGGCAGGACAGCUGAUAGUUUUUUCUUCCAGUUGAUCACGUCUGGAUCUUUUUGGCUUUUCUUUGAAGACAUUAGACAUGCAAUGCUGAACAGGCACUUGGAUUUUGGUAACUUUUCAGCUUAACUGGCUUUUUUGA